GCUUUUUGUCUUCUUAUCCUAGAGGACUUUGCAAGAGGAAGCAGGGUUCCAGGAAUUAGUGAUUCCUUCAUGUCACAAUAGCCUUUGAGCUCCACUGACCUUGUAUGCUGUCUUAUGUGUAGUAUGCACCCACUGAGGAUUUGCUAACUGACAAAGACCCAGGGUUAAGGCUGAUGUGGGUUAUCUGGGAUUAAGCUAGUCCCAUGAGUGUGCUUUCUAUAGCAUACAAUUCCCAUUCAGGUGGGAAGGUGAGGUGGGGGUAGCCAGAGAUCAGCCUCUUUAUCUGAAAAGCACUGAGGUGGCCCUUACUGGCAGACAGAACAGAGUGGGACCAUGGCUUUAGUGCCCUGGAACGAUUCCCAAAAACAACCUGAAUAGUUGAAACAGCCUCCCAAGAAAGGCCUUGGCCUUUCCAGGUACUUCUGAUUAUUUAUUCCAGAUUUACCUUUUCCCCAAUCUGUCUCCUUCAUUAUCUAGGUCUUACUGUUUAUUACAGUCACCUCGUCUUUCUCCUGUAUACUUAGGGGUGGAACAGUGUUAUUUCUGUAAUCAGGGCUUGGUUUUAUGUGGCUUUUGUAUGAGGGAAGCCCACCGAGGUGGGAGUCCAGAAACAAUAUCCCUGCACUGUGGCCGAGCACAGUGGCUUAUGCCUCUCUGCUGAUGCCAUGGUUAUAUCUCUCCUCUGUUUUCAGCUCCUCUCCACCAAACUGCCAUAUUGCCGUGAGAACGUGUGUCUGGCCUAUGGUAGUGAAUGGUCAGUGUACGCAGUGGGCUCCCAAGCUCAUGUCUCCUUCUUGGAUCCACGGCAGCCAUCAUACAAUGUCAAGUCUGUCUGUUCCAGGGAGCGAGGCAGUGGAAUCCGGUCCGUGAGUUUCUAUGAGCACAUCAUCACUGUGGGAACUGGGCAGGGCUCCCUGCUGUUCUAUGACAUCCGAGCUCAGAGAUUUCUGGAAGAGAGGCUCUCAGCUUGUUAUGGGUCCAAGCCCAGACUAGCAGGGGAGAAUCUGAAACUAACCACUGGCAAAGGCUGGCUGAACCAUGAUGAAACCUGGAGGAAUUACUUUUCAGACAUUGACUUCUUCCCCAAUGCUGUUUACACCCACUGCUACGACUCGUCUGGAACGAAACUCUUUGUGGCAGGAGGUCCCCUCCCUUCAGGGCUCCAUGGAAACUAUGCUGGGCUCUGGAGUUAAUGACAACUCCCCAAAUGCAGAGAUUUACACUAACUUCCAUCCUCAGUUUCCUUGUUUCUUCUGAUUUUUUUUUUUCCUAAUUGUGUGAGGCUCUUGUGUUUUAGUGGGAACACCAAAGUUUGCCUAUAGUUUAGGCAGUUAAUAGGAAGAAGCUCUGUACAGAAAUCUGAAGGUUGUUUGGUUUUUUGUUUUCCCCUUUAGUAAUCAAAAUUUUACUAUCUUUUAUUCUGGCUUUUCAACCAAACAUUGUUGCUAAUCCCUAUUUUUCUUUAAGUGACACACAUUCUCCCCUCUCUGGCUUCUUUAGGCUGAAAUGACAUAGUCAUUCUCACCCUUACUUCACUCUUGAGAGGUAGGGCUCCUUUAUAAUUAUAUGGUUGCUGUCAGACUUUCUGUGAAAGUUUGGGAGCUGUGUGUGUGUGACAGAGAUCUUGUCUGUGUGUGUGUGUGAUCUUGUGUGCCUGUAGGUACUGUGUGUCACUGAAAUUACCUGGAGUGAGGAUUACUUGUAAUUAAAAUAUUUAUAAAAGAAACAACUUUAUUCACAGAGUCCAGCUUUGGGACUAGUCUGUAACUUGUUUUUUAAAGUCUAACAACACUGAUAAUAGGAAGUAAAAACAGAAAGGAAAAGAAAUUACCACUGGGAAAAUCUUUUGAGUUAGAUUGCAGGCUGCUUGGGGCCUCCCGUGCCAGGACUGCAAAGUGAUCCAGCCCUACCUGUCUUCCCACCUGUGUGUCCCCCGUGUGGGAAGCUGGUGUCACUUCCCCUUCCCACCCUCACAUCUGCUUAGCCAGUAGCCACACCCCUAAAACAUCAGACUCACCAUCCAGGUUCAGCUCUAGAGGCUGCAAAAGGCUUCAUGGGACUUGGUAAAGAGAAUCCCCAUCCUAGCUUCUCUCUCCAUCCCCUCAAGACCUGAUCUGGUGUUUAAGGGGCCUGGAGCUGGGAGUCUCAAGUCUGCUAAGGUUCACAUCCAUAGUCCUCUUGGCUUUGAGGAGAAUCCUCUCUGCCAUUCUUCCAAUCUCCUCAAUGGGUUUUGCUUUUAUUUUCUAAAUUGGGUUAAGUCUAAGAAGGUGGGGGUGAGCAGGGGGUUUAUCUGUGUGUAGUGAGUGCUUCAUGUGUGGAAUAUUCAUUUUCCCACUGCAGCGGGACUUGGGGUUGAAGCCACCCCUCCUCUGCUGGCUUAGCCCUGAGAUGGUGACAGGCUGGCCUGCAGUCAGCAUCAUUGUGCAUGUAACAGCAUCGAUGUGAUUAGUAAUUUGUCUGUUCCUCCCUUGAACUGUCUAUUUAGUCUGGGGUUUUUUAACUUGCAGGCAACUGACUGUGAUGUCCACUUGUUCCUUGAUUUUUACACAUCAUGUCAAAGAUAACAGCUGUUCCCACCCACGAAUUCCUCUAAGCACAUACUCUGCUUUUCUGUCAACAUCCCAUUGUGGGGAAAGGAAAAGUCAUAUUUAUUCCUGCACCCCAGUUUUUUAACUUGCUCUCCCAGUUGUCCCCCUCUUCUCUGGGUGUAAGUAGGGAAAUUGGAAAAAAAUAAUAUAUAUAUCCUCCUUUUAAUGGUGAGGGGCUGCUGGAGAGGAGAGACAGCAAGUCCACCCUAACUUGUUACACAGCACAUACCACAGGUUCUGGAAUUCUCAUCUUCGAACCUAGAGAAAUAGGUGCUAUAAACAGGGAAUUAAGCAAAAUGCUGGAUGCUAUAGAUCUUUUAAUUGUCUUAAUUUUUUUUCUAUUAUUAAACUACAGGCUGUAGAUUUCUUAGUUCUCACAGAACUUCUAUCAUUUUAAACUGACUUGUAUAUUUAAAAAAAAAAAAAAAUCUUCAGUAGGAUGUUUUGUACUAUUGCCAGACCCUCUUCUGUGAUGGGUAAUGCAUUUGAUUGUUUGAGAUUUUCUGGUUUUAAAAAUGUAGCACUUGACUUUUUGCCAAGGAAAAAAAUAAAAAUUAUUCCAGUGCAAAA